AUGCAAGUGAUCAACCAAUCAAGCGUGACAGAAAUCACAGCGGCACCAGAGACUGACAACCUGUAUCAAGAAUCUUUCGCUGUUGUUAUUUUUAUCCUCGUUAACAACAGUUGUAUUUCCACCGCCAUUGGACUUCUCGGCAUCGUCGCCAACAUCAUCAACAUGACGGUGUUUUUACAUCAAGGGUUGGACAGUUCAAUCAACAUCAGCCUCUUCUCAAUCUCCAUAUCAGACACAUUCACCAUACUUUUUAUCAUCUGGUCAAACUUCGCGUUCAAUCCUUUCAUCGAUCAGGUGCCAGCUCCGAUCUCGUUCGAUGAGGUGUACUAUGUGACCGGGGGAUGGCCUUCAGGGUUCACGGUGCGGGUCACGCUCUACAUCACUGCGUACAUCACAGCAGAGAGAUGCCUGUCCAUUGUGUUUCCUUUGAAGAUAAAGACAAUGAUAACUCCCAAAAGAAGUAAACUCAUCAUCUGUGGUCUGACGCUAAUCAACGCGUUAACUCUUAUCCCAGAAUAUACGUCUAUCUACUUGUCCUGGCACUUUAGCGACAAGAAAAAUGAAACGGUUCUGGGCGUUGAUUUCAGAAGCAACAGGCAGCAGACCCAAGGCAUUACUUUCAUGCUGCACGUAGCACUUGUGGUCGUAGGUCAAGGUGCGGUCAUUUUUCUGACUUCCGUCUUGGUCAUUCACCUUCGCCGCCAGUCCAAGUGGCGAAUGAAGAGCAGCUCUGAAAUAAACCAUCGAAGUGCCCUCUCGUCACGUGAUAGGAAGUCUGUCGCGCUGGUCAUCGUUGUGGCCACAUCAAUGGUCAUCGCGUACAUCCCUUUGUCACCAGUCUCCUUGGUCACAGUCUUUGUUCCAGAAUUUUACAUCAGCGGUCAACUGUCCAGAAUUUUCAUCGAGACCUGGGGCACGAUAUUUCUGUUUUCAAUGAUCAACGCCAGUUCCAACAUCUUGAUCUAUUACAAUAUGAACUCAAAGUUCAGAAAUACAUUUAGAGAACUUUUUACAUAUCAUCAGCAAUUAAAACGAUCAAAAUCAUUUAAUGCAUAA